AUGAUGUAUUUCUUUAUUUGUUGGUCUUUUUUUUUCAUUUGAGAGUAUACUUAUAAAGUCCAGAGUGGCCCCUAUAGGGGGAACCUUAGGGCCCCUUAGAGGGGCCACUAAAGCUCGAAAAGUGGUCCCUAUAGGGGACAUGCUAGUCUAUAAUUUUUAUAAACUCUAGACGGGGAAGCAUUUCCAUACAAAAACAAGAAAAAAUAACCGUUUUUUGAAUAAAACUGAACGGCCCUUAUAAGGAUCACCUAAGCUUUGGCGGCUAAGAGGUUAGACCCUAAACCCCUAUAGGGACCACUCUGAAAUUCUUAAGUAUAGAGGAAGUUUUGAAGUUGAACUAUCGAAGAGUGAAUUGAAAAACCAAUUUUAAAAAAAGAAUUAUUUCUUGAAAAACGCCAAAUUUUUGGGAAGACUUUGGAUAGGUCCCUUGGAAUAGACUAAGGAGAUGAAAAAUAUGAAAAUUUUAGUUUUUUUGAAAACUUUGAGAAGAACUCGUGGCGAAACAUUGUGCUUAUUCAUAGGAAAAAUCAUUUCAAAAAAGAAUAAUAUUUUUUAUACAGAUUUACAAGCAUGUUUUAUGUCGUUGUACUUGGCCAUUGCGGUUGCUCAAUGCGCGUGUGGCCGAAAAAGGAAAAAUGAGACGGAAAAGGUCGGGUUUGAAGGCAUUUUCUUCCGGAAUUUUUAAUUUUGAAGCUGUCCCUUGAUCGUCGACCACCUGAGAUACCUGCGACACCGCCUCGGUUCGCAGAAAGUUACAAAAAGAGUCAGGUUGGUUUUUCUUUUUUAAAUUUUUCCAUUAGAAAGGGGGUCACUACCUAGGAAAUGCAGAGUGGUCCCUAUAGGGGCAAUCUUUGGCGCCCUUGGAGGGUCCCCACCUAAUUUUGCAAAAGGGAUCCCUUAAGAGGUUUUAGUUAGUGAUCCCUAUAGGGACCAGCUAGUUGAUAAUUGUUAUGAACUCUAAGCGAAGAACCAUUUCCAAGACAAAAAAAACUGAAUAACAAAGCGUUUUUCGAAUAAAGUUGAAAGACCCCUACAGGGUCCACUUCAGCUUCAAGGGCUAAAGAGUGAGACCCUAAACCCCUAUAGGGAUUACUUGAGCUUAAGGGACAAAGUGGUCAGACCAUAAAUCCCUAUAGGGCCACCUUAAUUUUGCGUUUAUAGGAGUUUGUUUACCCCCUAACCCCUAUAGGGACCACUCUAAAAUUCCUAAGUAUGUCGGUUUUUUAUUCAAUGAGGAAAAGACUAGAUUCUUUUUCAACAACCAAUCUUGAUCCAUUCUAGAAACCUCCGGAUUCAAAGUCAAAGACGGAACCGCCCAGAACCCUUUCCCGGAAGUAAACUCGAUUCAGAUUUUGGCAUUGAAAGCUCAUUUUUGUUAUUUAUAGAGUGUCAAUAUGUAAAUCCAAGAGUCGAGAGGAGUUCAGCUAUCCAAGUUUCAAAAGAGAUUUUAUUCGGUUCCACGGAUUCAUAUAUUCAGAAGGCUGCAACGAGCAUGCCGAAAAAGCUCAUCAGGAAGGUUUCAUCGUGGACCCCAAGAAGGUCAAAUAUGUCUGCAAUAUUGACGAAGAUGAUCAGAAAGCGGUGAUGACGCUUUUCGUGAAUUUUCGAAAGUUCUUUCUUCAGGUAGACGCCAGUGAAAUCAAGAAGGAGCUGGAUCUAGCGGCACAGGAGAAGACUCAAAAAACCGGCAAUGAAAGCAAAAGUGUUCACGUCCGUUUUCUUUUGUUAUAUUCUGUGUUCCACGACUUGAAAUUUCACCGAACGACAUUCCGCUGUUUCGCUGCGUGCGUUCGCGAAGCGUCUUUCGAAUCUAGGUCCCGAUUUAAAAUGAUUGUUAUUGCUGUGGGAGCACGAGAAAGUAGACCUUAAUAAAAGAAAAAAAAAAUUAAAAGCGCGCCCAAGGUUCGCAAUGGCGCGCAGCGGCACAGCGGAAUGUCGUUUGGUGAAAUUCCAAGUCGUGGUAUACAAGCGCGAGAUGUCAUUUUUGAAUUUUAUACCCGGCUUUUGACAGGUAUGAGCUCUGAUACCUUUUCUUGCAUAGCCAAAGUUGGAAAAGGGCAAAAAGAUUCCAAAGAAAUGUUCCUUUUUGGGCUACAAAAGCUCCUUUUUUGCUGUCAUUUGGCGCCAUUUCAUCGGCUUUUAUGCACCAUUUUUGCUGCCUCUUCCCUCUUCCACCAUUUCUUGAGCCUUUAAAAUUCUAGAAAAAAUGUAAGGGACUCUUUUUGCAGCCUCUCCCCUUUUUUGCAGUCAUUUUCCCUUUUUGGGGCCUUUUUUGAGCCUCUCUUCUUAUUGCGGCCAUUAUCCACCAUCACGUUUUUGCCCGAUUAACCGGUUUUUGACAUAGUUUCAUAAGAAAAUUUGAAAAAGUGGAAAGGCUUCGUAGAAAUUCAAGGCCUCAAGCAAAAACAACGGGCCCAAAAAGUUCAAAUCUUUUCAAGUCAAAUAUUCAGCCUUUUUACGACAAAAAUCACCCUUUCCGUUAUUUUUUCAUUCGCUCCAACAGAAGAAAUGAUCUGAAUGGAUUCUAAAACGAUCUUCCAAGCCAUCGCAGGCUUCUUCUCGAAAACGAGUCCCAAAGCUCGAGUCAGGCCGCACAUUUUGACCCACAAGCCUGCUUCAAAUAAGCUAUUUGUGUUCAGUUUUAGGAAAACGGGGUUGAUAAGGUCCUUUAGUGAUUCCCUGAUAAUGAUAGUUGGCAUAGUUUUCAUGUGGUUCAUUUUUGAAAUUUUGACCAGCUUCUUCUGAAAACAUAAUGAUGACGUCAUUUUGAGAAAAGAGAAAUUUUUAAUUUCGCUGACCAUCACGAAUUUUUCUUAUAAUUUUGCAAUUGCGCUGCGAUUUAGCAAGAAAAAAGAGUUGGGGUGCAGAUUUUUUUCGUCCAAGUGAAUCAAUUUCCGCCCUCAAUUCUGAUUUUUUAUGUCAACUGGGAAAAUUUUGAGUGGCCACUAUAGAGGCGGGCCAAGGACUACUUGGUGAGGACACUAAAGUGGUCACUAAACCCAUCUCUAUAGUGUCCAUAUUUUCCCUUUAGUGGCCAUUAUAGAGGCUCUUUUUUUAGUGGCCACUUCAGUAGUUUUUCAUUCAGUAUUCCUUCCAGUAACUCUGAUAAUAUUUUAAAAAAAAACAGAUUGGACCAUUUAUGUUGAUCCAUUGACCCCUAAAGUGGCCACUAAAGUUUUUAGUGGUCUAGUAGUAGCACUUAAACCUCUAUAGUGGCCACUAAAACGUCAAGACCCUAAAGUGGACAUUAGAAAUUUUCGCAGAAUUUUCGAAGACUUUUUUGAUUUUUUUUUUCAGGUGAAGAUCGUGCCGUCCAAGUGUGUACUGUACGAGACGAACGACAUCAUGACGGCCGAGCCGACGGAGCGAACCAUGAAUAGUCCUGAACCUAUCGCGUAG